AUGAACCCCGUUCACCCUCCAUCGACUACUGCCAACCUUGGGGUUUGCGUCGGUUGCCCCUCGGACACCAGCGGCGGCAACAGAGAAGAGGACUUGGUGGCACGCCUUCGUAAGUUCACUACUACUUCGACCGAACACGCGUCCCCAGACGUUCCGCCGGUGUCAAAGAGCCCAAGUGGUAACUUAGCCAAGGUGGACCGGCAUGCUAUCGAAGCCAAGUCGUCGGAGAUUGCAGAAACUGUGCGCCAAAUGGUGUGCCGUUUCAUGACAGAUCAGUCCCUCGUUGGCUGCGCCGCAACUGCCCCCGUCCUCGCGUGCUCUAUCGAAACCACCGCUGUGGAGCCCGAGGAGGUCGCAGUUGCGAAGCCCGCCGUCGUGGCCGCGCGGUGGUCGCCGCAGGUCGCCAUCCUACCGGCCGUCAGUUUGAUACUGGGCGAGGCCCGCCACCUCCUGCUGGGCCAUCUCAUCCGGGCGGCCAAGCCAGUGGCACAGUGGACAGAGGCUUUCGUGCUCUUCUCGAGAAGCAGUGGGAUCUCCGAACGCGCUGUGCCCUACCACACGGUCCAGGACCACGUGGACGGCUAUGCCAUCUUGGCCUGGGACAACAGCGCAGCCGAACAGCCGACCGUGAAGAUGCUGCUCGGCUACCUGUCCGUCAUGGACACCGAGAGCAAGCCCGCGCCAGCGCGCCGCCGCCUUCUUAUCAUCGAGAUCGACACCUGGGGGCCUUGCAUGAUGACCAAGGGCCUGGCGUACCUGCUUAAGAACAGUAAGAGGAUGAACCUUGAUGUCUACCUCUUGCUGGGCGAGGACCUGGUGGAGAUGCCGAUCGAAUUAUACGACCGCCUUUACCUGCCCAAGCGCAGCCAAUCCCCCCUCGGUGCCUAUGGAUGGCCCGUGAGCGCCGACAUACUUGGCGACCUCUUGGACAGCGACCUGGUUUUGAACCACGGAUAUGUGCUCCUCGACAGGAACAAUUCCAAGCCUUGCAUCCUCAACCCGUGGCGUGCAUCCACGCCUUUGUAA